UUCUGCCAGUAAUAGCACAAGCGACCUAUCCACAUGACUUGAGUCAUUGAUGCCAUGGUAUCCGAAACCCAGCAGGCCGAGGACGGCGAGGCUUGGCGCCAAGCGUUGCUCAGCAAGAUUGUUGGAGAUGAUGAGUUGAGUGGAGAAGACUUGGAACGCCAUGAACAGUUCCUGAAAGCCAAAGAGGAUGCACUCGCCGCCCUUGCAACUCAGCAAGACGCUGUCGCUAAAACCAGCAGUCUGAGUCGAAGAACCCAGCAAGUGCGCUUUGAAGGCAAGGCCUUUGAUGAGGAAACUGCGAGAAAGUUGGAGUUGAUUGCAGGAAGGGCAGCGAAGGACGCUACCCGGCGAGAGAUGGAAAGGUCAAAGCAGGCAAGUCAAGCACUUACUGCGGCCAAACAAGAGGCUCAGACUGCCUUGCAGGCAGCCGUUGCAGAACUGCCCAAAGACCAGAAGGCAGCGAGUUUGGCACCAACAUGGAUUUCCGAUGAAGAGUACAAGGAGCUGGGAUACCCACAGUUGGACCCAAAGUUCAGAAGCAAUGAGUGGCAAAAGAAGCAGUUGCAACUGGACAGUACCGAUCCACGGCACAAUCCCAAUCUGAAUCGAGACCAGAACGAUCCGGAGUUCUGGUACCAUGCUGCAAGAAAGCCUUUCAACAAGGCCCUGCUACGAACGGAGCAACAUUGGAACAGCCGGAGAGAGGUUUGGCUGAAGCAGUUUGAGCAGGUGAAAGAUUUGAAUCAGAAAAGAGAGCUCCUUGCAGAACUGCUGGAGGAUACCUCCACAGAGGUGAAGCGCUUGGUGGCACCGAUCCUCCACUUCAGCAUUACCAUGAAGGUCUUAAGCGGCUUCGUGGAGAAGGCCAAGCAACUGCGAAAAAGCUUCCAUGAGAUCGUCUCUUCUGAGGAGAGUCUGACUAUUUUGCAGGGCAUCCGGGAUAGAGUAGAUGAAUUUGGAAGUCAGGCGGCCGAUGAUAUGCUGACUGAGUAUGAUGCUAGAGCCAGGACAUUGGCGACAGAUCGACAAGAAGAAAAACAAGAUCAGGAGAAGAAAAUAGCUGAUGUUCACACCUUGGCCCAAAUCAUGAAUUGGGGGCAGAAGUGCAAGAAGGAUGGCCUCGUGGAAUGGGAGCAAGGCAAUUGGAUGGAGGCCUAUGUGAGUUGGAGGCAGGCAGACGACACCUUGCGUCCCUUCAAGGCCGCGGAUAAGGAGAACAACCAGGUUUACUCUGAGCUUCACACAGCUGUGCUCAAGAAUCUCUCUCAGGCUUGCAUGAAGCUGGGCUUGUGGCACGAGGCUGCCAAGGCGGCCGAGACUGCCACACAGCUUUCUCCGGAAGAUCAUAAGGUGGCCAGCCAAGCUUGGUUCCGGUGGGCUUGUGCAUUGGAGGGUUUAGGCCAGCUUGACGAGGCAGAGGAGUGCCUGCACAAGAUUGAUGAGUGCUCGGUUGGACGACCUGACCGAACUCGAAUAUCAAAGGAUACGCAGGCCAAGCGCGAAAAGCUACAAGCCUUGCGAGAUCGAGAGCAAGCAUCGCUGAAGAAGACUUUGGAGAAAGCAAUUGCCAGGAAUGUGUUUAGCGAAGAGCGCCAGGACCAAGAUCAAGUUCUCCAGGACUUAGCGCAACAGCCUGCUGUCUCUCCAUCCAAAGCAUUCAUCGAAGAGGAAGCCAAUGAAGUGACCCGGAAGCAUCUCACAAAAGAAGGUGCCAAGGACUUGCUGAAGGAACUUCGUGAUGCAUACAGAGACACCACCUUCCAGCUGCAGAUCUUCAAACUUGCGCGGGAUGUACGUGGCGAGAAGCAGCCGUUCCUCACGAACUUGGCUGCGCUUGCUUUGCCUUUGCAGAAGCCUGUGUUAGAAGCGUUUGGCUUCGCACCCAACGAGAAGGGAUUAAAGGAGAUGAUUCGAGCACUGCAGGAUCACCUCCAUGGGCCUGGGAUGGAUGAGACUGUAAAGAGGGCAGCUGAUGAGACCACUAUGGCACUAUACGGAGUCAUGUAUGACAAGCUUACACGCCCCGAUGACUCUCACGAAGCACCCAGACUAGAGGCCAGACUCGGCCGCGAUCCUCGUGAGGAUGAAGAUUCUAGUUAAAUAUCAAAAGAA